AGAAUAAUUAAUAGUAAGACUACAAACCAUAAAUAUUAAACCCCAAAAUCUGGGUAAUUACUCUGAAUAAUUUAUUCAGCUCAAGUUACCUGCUGUAAUCAGUUUAUUGAAGAGCUUGAUUCCAGUGUCAGAAUCUAUUGUUACAGUCUCAAAUCACAAUGGAGUAAUUAGCAACGUAUUGGGAAUGUAAUACAGUUCCAGAGAACUGUGCUAAGUCUAGUGGUGUUUUUGAUUUGAAAUGGCCAGUAUACUCUCACCAGAAAGGCCAAAGAUUAAUGGCAAAUACCAUAUUCCUUACGCUAAAGAAGAUAGCAUUAAAAAAACUGGUAAACCUGUCAUUAAACAACGUAAGAGCAAAACGGAUGCUGAAACUCAACCUGAAAAGAAAAGCAAAGACAAAAUGAAACCUGAAAAUGAUGAUAAUGUUACAAAAAAUGAUGUUAUUCAAAAUGAUGAUAAGCAACCAGAAAAGGUUAAAAAGAAUAUUGGUAACACCAAUGGUAAGGAUGAAAUGGAAUCUAAAGAAGAAAUGGAAAUUAGAAUACCUAAAGCAGAUGAUAAUGUCAGUCAUCAAAACACCAAAGAUGAUACAGAUCUGAAAUUUGAAGUUGUCAAAGAAUCAAAACAAAUUGAUUUAGAGGAUAAUAUUUGUGAAGAACCAAAAGAAGUCAAUCUGAAUGAUGUUAAUAAUGCCAAGAUUGAGUCAGCUGUGAGUGGUCAAACAUUAAAUCAAACAUUAAAUCAAUCAAAUACUGACCAUACAAGCAAAAAAGAUGUGAAUGAAAAUAAGUUAGUUGAACCAGAUGAAAACCAGCAUGCAAUAGUGGCUGCACCUCAAAUGACGCAUACAAUAAAACCAUUAAAAGGAUCAAAAAGUGAAUAUGAACUUAAACAGGACAGAAAUCAAAGUCCAGCUGAAAAUGAAAGUUCAAGUAACAUUGCUCCUUGGAAUGAAAGUACUACAAGUAAAUCAGAAUCUGAUAAUCUUUCUAUGCCAGGAACAUUAUUAACACCAUUGAAAAUAAGGAAAAGCUCAGUGAAAUUGUCCUCUCUUGAAGAGGGACAGCCAUUGAGUAGACUAACAACACCGAUUCUUGAUGAUUUCACUGGUGAAAGUUUACCCACAUCAAGAAAUGGUUCAUUUUCUGGAGAAAAAUUUGGGAUGGUGAAACCAGUAUUUUCUCGAAAAUUUUCUGGAAAAUCUACUCUACAAACUUAUGGUUUAUUGAAGAAUGGGUAAGAAUUUUGUGCAAAGAAGUUAUAAUAUUUUAAGUUAAUAUCUUUUUUAGGUAAUGGUUUCAUUUGCGAUGAUCUUUGAUUAUUUUGAAAAAUGCAUGCAAAAGAAACCAUUUUUGUUUUUUCACAAAUGUUGAGAUUUGAAUACAUUACAUUCCAUUGCACAACUAAUAAAUCAGAAUUAAAUCC